UGAGAGCCAGAGUCCGCCGGCCCGCGUCCCCGCCGCCCCGCGCCCGCCGCCCGCCGCCCCCCGCGCCCGAAGCCGGCCGCGCCCGCCGCCCGCACCCCGCACCCCCGCGCCUGCAGCGGCGGCCGGGCCCGUGGCCGUUGGCGGAGGAGCCCGGCGCCAUUAGCGCCGCCCGGCCGCGCCGCCCCCGCCCGCCGCCCGGCCCUGCGGCCGCGGCCCCGGAGGUAAUCAUUGCCAAAUGAGGAGGAAAGGACGAUGUCAUCGAGGUGCUGCAGCAAGGCAUCCUUCCUCCCCGUGCAGUAUUAAACAUUCCCCGACCCGAGAGACACUGACAUACGCACAAGCUCAGAGGAUGGUCGAGAUAGAAAUUGAAGGACGCCUGCAUCGGAUCAGUAUUUUUGAUCCCUUGGAGAUCAUAUUAGAAGAUGACCUCACUGCUCAAGAACUGAGUGAGUGCAAUAGCAAUAAAGAAAAUAGCGAGAGACCACCUGUUUGCUUAAGAACUAAGCGUCACAAAAACAAUAGAGUCAAAAAGAAAAAUGAAACCCUGCCCAGCCCUCACGGCACACCGGCCUCUGUCAGUGCGCUUCCUGAGCCCAAGGUGCGCAUUGUGGAAUACAGCCCCCCGUCUGCCCCCAGGAGGCCCCCUGUGUAUUACAAGUUCAUUGAGAAAUCGGCGGAGGAACUGGACCACGAGGUGGAGUAUGACAUGGACGAGGAGGACUAUGCCUGGCUAGAGAUUGUCAAUGAGAAGCGCAAGAGUGACUGUGUCUCUGCUGUGUCUCAGAGUGUUUUUGAGUUCCUGAUGGACCGCUUUGAGAAGGAAUCCUACUGCGAGAACCAGAAGCAGGGGGAGCAACAGUCCCUGAUCGAUGAGGAUGCCGUGUGCUGCAUCUGCAUGGAUGGUGAGUGCCAGAACAGCAACGUGAUUCUCUUCUGUGACAUGUGUAAUCUGGCCGUACACCAGGAGUGCUACGGGGUGCCCUACAUCCCCGAGGGCCAGUGGCUCUGUCGACACUGCCUGCAGUCCCGGGCCCGGCCUGCCGACUGUGUGCUGUGCCCAAACAAGGGAGGUGCCUUCAAAAAGACAGAUGAUGACCGCUGGGGCCACGUGGUGUGUGCCCUGUGGAUCCCCGAGGUCGGCUUUGCCAACACCGUGUUCAUAGAGCCCAUUGACGGUGUGAGGAACAUCCCCCCGGCUCGGUGGAAAUUGACGUGCUACCUCUGUAAGCAGAAGGGUGUGGGUGCCUGCAUUCAGUGUCACAAGGCGAACUGCUACACGGCCUUUCACGUGACCUGUGCCCAAAGGGCCGGCCUCUACAUGAAGAUGGAGCCCGUGAAAGAGCUGACUGGCGGCGCCACGACUUUCUCUGUCCGAAAGACCGCUUACUGUGAUGUCCACACGCCCCCCGGCUGCACCCGGAGGCCUCUGAACAUUUACGGGGAUGUCGAGAUGAAAAAUGGUGUCUGUAGAAAAGACAGUUCUGUGAAAGCAGUCAGGUCCACAUCCAAGGUUAGGAAGAAAGCGAAGAAGGCCAAGAAAACAGCGACUGAGCCCUGUGCAGCCCUGCCCCCUGUGUGCGCGCCGUACAUCCCCCCGCAGAGAUUAAAUAGGAUUGCGAAUCAGGUGGCCAUUCAGCGGAAGAAGCAGUUUGUUGAGAGAGCCCACAGCUACUGGCUACUCAAAAGGCUGUCUAGAAAUGGCGCUCCCCUGCUGAGGCGGCUCCAGUCCAGCCUGCAGUCCCAAAGAAACACACAGCAGAGAGAGAAUGAUGAGGAAAUUCAAGCUGCCAAAGAGAAGCUGAAGUACUGGCAGAGGCUGCGGCAUGACCUGGAGCGCGCACGGCUGCUGAUUGAGCUGCUGCGCAAACGUGAGAAGCUCAAGCGGGAGCAGGUGAAGGUGGAGCAGAUGGCCCUGGAGCUGCGACUGACCCCACUCACAGUGCUGCUGCGCUCGGUCCUGGACCAACUUCAGGAGAAAGACCCUGCCCGGAUCUUUGCCCAGCCAGUGAGUCUAAAGGAGGUGCCAGACUAUUUGGAUCACAUUAAACACCCCAUGGACUUUUCCACGAUGAGGAAACGGUUAGAAGCUCAAGGGUAUAAAAACCUCACUGAGUUUGAGGAGGAUUUUGAUCUCAUUGUAGAUAACUGCAUGAAGUACAAUGCCAAGGACACGGUGUUUUAUAGAGCCGCAGUGAGGCUGCGUGAUCAGGGAGGUGUUGUUCUGAGGCAGGCCAGGCGCCAGGUGGACAGCAUCGGCUUUGAGGAGGCCACGGGGAUGCACCUGCCUGAGCGGCCUGCUGCGGCCCCUCGGCGUCCUUUCUCCUGGGAUGACGUGGACAGGCUACUGAACCCAGCCAACAGGGCACACAUGGUCUUGGAGGAGCAGCUGAGAGAGCUGCUGGACAAACUGGAUCUCACGUGCGCCAUGAAGUCCAGCGGGUCACGGAGCAAGCGGGCCAAGUUACUAAAAAAAGAAAUUGCCCUUCUUCGAAAUAAGCUGAGCCAACAGCACAGCCAGCCCCCUCCCGCAGAAUCAGGUAUUGGAAGCCUCGAAGAGGAAGGCACUCUGCUGGGGCAGGAGACAGGAGAGGAAGGAGAUAAAUCUCCCCCUAAACUUGAACCAUCAGAUGCAUUACCUCUUCCUUCAAACUCGGAGACUAAUUCAGAACCACCAACCCUCAAACCAGUAGAACUCAACCCCGAGCAGAGUAAACUUUUCAAAAGAGUCACAUUUGAUAAUGAAUCACAUAGCACUUGCACUCAGAGCGCACUGGUAAUCGGACACCCUCCAGAGCCCACUCUCGCCAGUAGUGGCGAUGCGCCGGCGGCGGCGGCCUCCGCGGUGGCGGAGCCAUCAAGCGAUGUAAACAGACGCACCUCUGUUCUCUUCUGCAAAUCGAAAAGUGUAAGCCCCCCAAAGUCUGCCAAGAACACUGAAACCCAGCCAACUUCUCCUCAGCUAGGGACCAAAACCUUUUUGUCUGUAGUCCUUCCGAGGUUGGAGACUCUUCUGCAGCCAAGAAAAAGGUCGAGGAGCACCUGUGGAGACUCCGAGGCGGAGGAGGGGUCCCCGGGAAAGCGCCUGGACACAGGUCUCACCAAUGGCUUUGGGGGCGACAGGAAUGAACAGGAGCUGGGCAGCACCCCAGGGAGGAAGGCUGCGCCCCGCCGACGCUGUGCCUCUGAAUCCAGCCUGUCCUCUAGCAGUGGUCCACUCUGUGACUCGAGUUUCAGUGCUCCCAAGUGUGGGCGGGGCAAGCCAGCCCUGGUGCGGCGGCACACGCUGGAGGACCGCAGUGAGCUGAUCUCCUGCAUCGAGAAUGGCAACUAUGCCAAAGCUGCCAGGAUCGCUGCAGAAGUUGGUCAGAACAACAUGUGGAUUUCGACUGAUGCCUCUGUUCUCGAGCCCCUGAAAGUCGUGUGGGCCAAGUGCAGUGGCUAUCCCUCAUACCCAGCCCUGAUUAUUGACCCCAAGAUGCCACGUGUGCCCGGACACCACAACGGGGUCACCAUUCCCGCCCCACCUCUGGAUGUGCUGAAGAUCGGCGAGCAUAUGCAGACCAAGGCAGAUGAGAAACUCUUCUUAGUUCUGUUCUUUGAUAACAAGAGGAGCUGGCAGUGGCUCCCGAAGUCUAAAAUGGUUCCACUGGGUAUUGAUGAGACGAUAGACAAGCUGAAAAUGAUGGAAGGGAGAAACUCCAGCAUCCGGAAAGCUGUGCGGAUCGCCUUUGACCGUGCCAUGAACCACCUGAGCCGAGUGCACGGGGAGCCAGCCAGUGACCUCAGUGACAUUGAUUGACACCUGCAUGCGGAGGCCAGGCUGCCGUGCCAUUCAUGGGCUUGUCCAUAGUGUUGAUAGGCUGUACAUAUUUGUAUAUGGUUCAAAACUUAACUUAUUCUGAUUUUUAGGUGUAGUUCUUUCAUUCUUCCCUGGGGAGGGCGGGGGGGAGGUCUUAUUUCCAAGCCUUCUGUGGAACCAUCCCUGUCAUGGGCGCUCUGAGGGGCUCAGGCGCGUCUCUAGGCGUGAUUCUGUCCCCGCCACGGGUCACACUGAAGGGCGCCACUGGCCUCACUUCUUUGGUCUCUAGCUUUUUUUUUUUCCUCCCCCCCCCCUUUUUAAAAGACUUUUGAAUGUUUAAUAAUUUUAUAAAUCAUAUUCUUUACACAGAGUACCACUUAUUUAAUAAGAUGGGAUGUAAAUUUACAAUGACAAAUGUGUAUUUUAAGAAAGAAAAUGACAUUAUUUUGAAUGGUACUUUGUGGAGAGGUGGAGAAUAAAUUUAUGCCAUGCACAUCACUUGCAGAUCACCAAAAACACUCCGCCGACCCUGUGCGGGCGGGGCGGGGCGGGGCGGGCACUUCCUCUGGGUGUUUGUCCUCUUCAUUGUCCUCGUCUGCCUGCCUCCUCCCCCAACCCACCCCAGCUUCCCACGGGCGUGCCUCCCAGCAGAUUAUUUAUUGUAGAAAGUGUAUCCAUUUGCUUUAUAAUGAAAAAUAAAUUUGCAAAAGUAUAUUGAUAGGCAUUUUUAUACAGGCACAUAAAAUUCAACUUGCUUUGGGAGCAGGAUGUGUUGGUGGUUCUAUAAAUGACUCUGGCUGUGUGUUAUUUGAUUUUGUAACUUGUAACCUUUUGUUUACAAUGAGGGGCUUUCUGUAACUUGUUUUAAUUUAGAACACUUUGGUAGCAAUAGAAACUUUGGAUACAUUUUUGUAUGGUACAUGUGAUGUAUAUAGAAUUAGUACUUUAUUUUUAUUUUUAAGAGGUAAAAGCAUUAUGUUAGGGGAAAAGGUUGGGUGGGUUUCCAAAAUUGCAUUUUUUAUAUUAAAAAAAUAAAGUCAAGAUUUGGA